UGUCAUACUUGAACCUCAAACUUUUUUAUGGAGGCCUACGUCAGACGUCGCAUACCUUGAGGAUUGCUUGAUGUCUUUCAUCUCAUGGCCUGCUCGGAAAGUUGUCUUCGAAAACCCACCUGAAGGAACAAGAAAUUCUCCUACACAGCACACUGCAUCCUCAGUAGGAAACACAAGAGAAACAGUUCUAAAAGUUCCAUCCAUCAGUUCUAAGUUUCCUACAUCCACAGCUCCUACUGAGAAAUCUCCAUCAAGCCAGCUAAAUCAUGGAUCGGAAGCUGUACAAGUUAAUAAGAAGUGCAAACUGAUGGACAUUAGUGGAAGGAAACGGGUUGUUGCCGAAGGACGUGUGCAUUCAACAGACCCAAAUCAAAUGGUACACUUUGUACGAUUGGGUCCGAAUGCAGCUAGAGUGUGGGUUGAUGCAGUGAUGGUAGAUGAUGCAGACGUUUGGAGGAAGUCUGAUGAAAUCGAGUCUUUGAAAGAUGCACAUGGUUCAUCUAUUGCAUGGCCAGUUGAUAAAUUGGUCAUAUUUUAAGAUGCACAUCAUGCAGGGGAUGAAGAAGUUUGGUCCAGAAAUAGCUAGUUUUAGACUAGGCUAAAAAAUUUUCAAUCGGCUGUUAUGUUUUCAAUCGGCUCUUUCUGUUUCUGGUACUUGAACUUAUGACUUAUGUAAAAUCACCAUCUUGUAUGAAUGUUUGGGUGUUCUAAUGAAGGAUGUUUGGUAGUU